AUGGGCAAAUUCGACAUGGCGUCAAGGCACAGGAUGACAGCACCUUUCCAAUCAAAAGAUGCAUUCCUCAAUUUUGUCAAAGCUCCGCAAGGCAAUGAAGGUCAUGCCACAAUCGGGGACACCAAAUGGUCUAAUAAAGAUCUCGAGCCCACACCAGAGGAACAUCGAACUUGGACAUGGUAUAACCUCCCACUCUACUGGUUUUCCAACAAAUUUUCUCUGGUUGGCUGGAACACAGGUGCCUCGUUGGUAACCAUUGGCCUGACAUGGCAACAAUCCUUCGUUUCUGCGUGUAUUGGGUCAUUCCUUGCGGCCAUUGUGGUCGUUCUCAUGGCCCGACCUGGCGUUAAAUAUCAUAUCGGAUUCCCGGUCCUUGCACGUUCAGUCAUGGGCAUGUAUGGAUCUUACUUCUUCGUAUUUAUCCGAGCUAUCGUCUGUAUAAUCUGGUAUGGUAUUCAGACUUUCUACGCUGGCAAUUUGCUCUCAGUGAUGCUUCGCUGCAUCUUCGGCAACAGCUGGAAGAACUUUGGGAACACACUUCCUGUCAGGGCAAACGUAAACUCAAAGCAGCUUUUGACGUUUUUCAUGGCGUGGCUUCUUGAGUUCCCGUUCGUAAGUGAUAAUGCUUGCCGGAUGAACAAAUGA